AUGGCGGGUGGAAAUUCAUGGAAAGAUUGGCCCAAUCUCUACCAUGGUCAUGAUGCCCUCUACAAGGGGUUCGAUGAUGAUGAUGAUGAAGACGGCGGGGGCACCUCCAGCUGUUUAUCCCUCCGGGAGAAGCUGUCAUUUCUGGGCUGCCUGGGGGAUAUCCUCCAGCCGUUCCUGUUCUGCGUGAAGAACCCUGGAUUCGCCAAUGAGGUAGGCGGCCGCAUCAAGAAGCUAAAUGAUGAGCUGGCCACCAUCCGCAUGGGUGUCGCUGACUUCAACUUCAUUGACCUUGGCUCCUAUGAGGAACGAAGGAGGCCGCCGACCAGUUCAGCCUCCUACCCCAGGCGCGAAAAUGCACAGUUUGUCCAGUCAGAUCUUGUGGGGGAUCAGAUCAAGAAGAAUACAGAGGAACUGGUGCAGAAGCUAAUCUCAACCGACCACCGCGACCAUGGUAUUGGUAGCAGCAACAUGGUCAAGGUGGUGGGCAUCGUUGGCCAGGGCGGCAUAGGCAAGAGCACCCUCGCCAAGAAAGUCUUUGCAAGCGAGGCCAUCAAGGAGGAGUUCAAAAUCAAGAUAUGGUUGAGCGUCACUCAGCAGUUCAACAAGGUGGACCUGCUAAGGGCUGCCAUCUCCCAAGCCGGGGGGAAGCAUGGUGAUGAGAACGACGAGACCAUCCUCGUGCAGGACCUCACCGACGCUCUAUCAAAAAAGAAGUUUCUGUUGGUCAUGGAUGAUGUGUGGAACCAAGAAGCAUGGGAAAAUGUGCUUCGCACCCCCAUUCCUAAUGCCGCCGAUACUCAACCAGGAAGCCGAGUCUUGGUUACCUCAAGAAAGGUUGAUGUCGUUCGGAGCAUGGGAGCUUCCAUCCUACGUGUCGACACACUAAACGAUGAAGAUGCUUGGUGCUUGCUAAAGAAACAGCUGCCACAGCCACAGGUCGGUGCUGGAAGUGAUUUUGAUGAGCUGAAAGAUAUUGGGAUGAAGAUUGUUAAAAAAUGUGAUGGUUUACCACUUGCUAUUAAAGUUAUGGGUGGACUGUUAAGCACAAGAAAUCCUAAUGAACGUGACUGGGAGAAUGUUUUGCACAAGGAUUUUGGCUGGAAAGAAGAAGACGGGCCAGGAGAGAAAUUAAACUACUCAGUAAGCUUGAGCUAUGAUGAUUUAUCUCCAGAGUUGAAGCAAUGCUUUCUCUACUACUCACUUCUCCCAAAGGGUUCAGAUUUUAAGAAGAAGACGAUUAUUAGCAUGUGGAUCUGUGAAGGGUUUGUUCAGCACGAUGGGAGGUCGGAGUCAGAUCAGGUCGAUCUAGAACAAAUAGGGGAUGAUUAUCAUCGAGAGUUGGUGGCUAGGAAUCUUUUGGAGCCCGAUGAUUCAAAUAAUAACAUAUGGGAGUACACCUUGCAUGAUGUUGUCCGCUCGUUUGCUCAAUUUAUGGCUAAAGAAGAAGUGUUAGUGGUUCACAAGGAUCAAGUUGACAUUAGAAAUCUUCUUUCAGAAAACAAAAAUCUCUGCCGUCUCUCAAUAAAAUCAACUCAUUCAGAACUAGAGUGGACCAUCCUAGAGAAGCAAGGAAGAGUGAGGACAUUAUUUUUUGUAGACUGUAAGAUUAAACCUGGUGGUUCAUUGGCAAAUUUUGCUAGUAUAAGGGUACUGGAUAUUAGCUCUGAGGAAUCUGAUUGGUUAGUAGACACUUUGUGUAAUCUGAAACACCUAAGAUACUUGUCAUUCUCUGGUACAGACAUAUCUAGGCUUCCAGAUGACAUCCAUAAGAUGAGGUUCCUUCAACACAUUCAGCUCACGAACUGUACAAAAUUGGACAAGCUUCCAGACAGCAUCACAAAACUAGCGUUUUUAAGAUGUCUUGACUUACGUUGGUCCCGUGUAGAAGUUAUACCAAGAGGAUUUGGUGGUUUAACAGGUUUGAGAUCCCUUUUGGGGUUUCCAGUAAAGAUGGAUGGGGAGUGGUGCAGUUUAGAAGAGUUGGAGGCUCUUUCACAUCUUAGAAUUCUUUCGGUCCAAAGUCUAGAAAAUGUGCCUGGUAGUUCAGUUGCUAAAAGGGCCCAGAUUAGCAACAAGGAGAAUCUAGAAUAUUUGGAGUUAAAUUGCUACAAGGGUGAGACAGAUGAAGUGCACCAAAUUGGGGUGGAGCAACAAGAGAGAAUAGAGGCUGUAUAUGAUGAGCUCUGCCCUCCACCUGCUAGAUUGGAGACACUGCUAAUAAGAAGAUAUUUUGGUGGUCGACUACCAAAUUGGUUGCAGUCCCCAGCAGCAACAAGUUUUAAGAGCUUGAAGCAUAUUGGCCUAGAGCACAUAACCCACUGCACCCGACUACCCGAUGGUUUGUGCAUGAUGCGCAGUUUGGAAAAUAUACAGAUCAUAGAUGCUCCAGCCAUCGAGCACGUCGGGCCUGACUUCCAGACCCAUGAUGCAGCAAGGGGAGAAGGAGGUGUCGCAUUCCCAAGUCUGAGAGAAUUGGUGUUGAGUGGGUUGUCCGGAUUGAAGGAGUGGGACUGGGAGGAGGAGGCGGAGCAGAGCAAAGUCAUCGCCAUGCCAGCUCUGGAGCAUCUCGUACUCGUGGACUGCAAGAAGCUGACACACCUUCCCCGAGGACUUGCUAGUGCCCGCAGGCAUAAUCUGAGAAUCCUUGAGCUAGAGAAGCUCCCGCUCCUAGAAUAUGUGGAGAACUUCCCUUCAGUUGUGGAGCUCAAAGUGUAUGUCUGCCCUGAGCUGAAGAGGAUCAGCGGCCUCUCUAAGCUGCGGACGGUCGACAUCUACGAUUGCCCAAAGCUGAAGCUGCUGGAGGGUGUGUCGGUGCUGGACAGCAUGGAGCUGGAUGAGGAACACUGGGAGGUUAGUGGAGCAGAUGCGAGGUGCACACCCAAGAGCAAGGGAUAUCAACAAGGUGAAGACCAAGUGUCGCGUGAGCUCCCACAAGACCUUGUUAUAACCAGGACUGUAGCUCUGAACUCGCUCAAGAGAUGAGCAUUUUCACCUGUAAUAAGACAGUACUACUUCAUGGCAGCAGGUUCGGUUCCUUCAUGCUCCUGAAAAGGCACAAGAAUUGGUUUAUAUAUGCUGCUGAAUUCAUCUUCAUUUGGUUGAUAUCUGUAAUCAGUGGAAUAGGUGCGGCGAGCAGUCUGGGCGUGAGAAGGGAAAAUCAUAUACACUUCCUUAUGCAAAUAAAUGGAGCCAAAAUGCACUGAAACUGAAUGCUCUUCUUUACGCUGCUGAGUUGUUCAGUUUCAGUUUGGUAAUUAGAAUGGUGUCGAUGUAAGAAAGGGCUUCUCUUCUCUUUUGCAGCUAGCUUUGUUUGUAAGCGUGUGUGUCGGGAUGAGCAUUUUCACCUGUAAUAAU